AAGGAGCACACAACAGGACAGGAAGGAGCACACAACAGGACAGGAAGGAGCACACAACAGGACAGGAAGAGCACACAUCAGAAUACAACAGCUGGUUUCACAUUUUUUGUUUGUUUCAUUCAUUUUCUUCCCACGUUCUAAAAUGUGUAAAGGACUGUCCUCCCUUCCCUCGUCAUGCUUGGAGAAAGCAAAGGGGAUGCGGGUGAAGUUGAGUCACCUGGCUGACAAACAGGAGUGGACACAUCACAAACACAGGGUCCAUGAGGACAGGACUCUUCAGGAUCUGGAGUCUCUACUCAACAGCAAGAUUGGCCAGAAAGCUUUCCUCUGGUUCCUGCAGUCUGAGUUCAGUGAGGAGAACCUGCAGUUCUGGUUGGCCUGUGAGGAGUACAGGGUUACCCCCCCAUGGCAGCAGGGGGCCAAGGCCCAGUCUAUGUACUGCCAGUACAUCAACCCUGGUUCACCACAGGAGGUAGGUGGAGUGUUGUGUAGAUGCUGUCUAAAUGUUGUAUAUACAUUUUGCAGACAUUGUAUAGAUGUUGUUGGAAGGUUGUAUAGACAUUGCUUGAAUGUUGUAGAAGUAAGUAAGCCUUGUCUGAUCCAGAACAGUCCAGAGGGGCAAGAGCCCCCAAUUUCUCAUAUUUCUGUAGCUUAAGGAAGCUUGAUGUAAAGUACACCCCCUGGACAGGAUGCUAGUAAACGUUGUACAGGCGUUGUCUGAACAUUGUGUGUGUUGUUGCCACGUGAACCUGGAUGCUGAGACAAGGGAGGCUCUACUGAGAGUGAUGGAGGAGCCUGCAGGCGACACAUUCCACGAGGCCCAACAUCACGUCUACCACCUGAUGGCCAAAGACUCUUAUCCUCGCUUCCUGCGCUCCCCACACUGCCUGGAGGCCCUUAGGGUUCCUUAGAUGUUCCACAGCACCACCUGCUGCCCCGGUGGACCACACAACAUAAUAACAAGCUGUGUUUUAUAACUACAUUAGAAUUUAUAUCAUUUAUAUUUAUACUCAAGUCUUAGUUGACACUCAUAUGUGAGUUGUAAGAUGUUUGUGUUUAUCAUAAAUAUGGUAUAACUAUGGUAUAUGUCCCUGUAGU